GGUUUGUAGUCUUCACCCCUAAGAGAGAUAUAUCAUCCACCAUUAUGCCUAUAAAUAUUCCAUAAGCUGAUAUACAAACAUAUACAUAUGCACUUUUGGGUUUUCUUUUCUAUCCACCCAACACUAAUCAUACUCUUAUUUGGCUUCUUUGCACAAAAAGAUCUAUUUCAAUUGCCACAUUGAACUAUACCUAUAUUCUAAUGAGUCUAUGAUCUUCAUUAUCUCCCCUAUAGAAUCAUUACAAGCUAAAAUUCACGUUCACUCUCACUCACAAAGAGAGAGAGAGAGAGAGAGGAAUAGGCUUAAUUGCAGUUGGAGUAGUUAGUGCUUCUGUAUUGUUUAUAAUGUCUUUCAAUUCUGCAACAAACUCAGUGAUUUUGGUUUUCUGUGCUGUUCUUCUACCAUUUGUUGGUUGUUCAACCCAUGAAGAGAUGAACCAGUCAAGCACUAAUCAUAAGAACAUCAAAGAUGGCAUUCACAAGUUGAGUCCACAAAUGAAAUCAGAUGUUAGAGUACAUGGAUUUCUGUUAUGGGCUGCGAUAGGGUUGUUGAUGCCACUUGGGAUUCUGACGAUCCGAAUGUCCUACAAACAGCAAGGUCGCCGACGAAAAAUUCUCUUCUACCUCCAUCUUGUUUUCCAGAUCCUCUCAGUUCUUCUUGUUACAGCUGGAGCUAUCUUGUCCUUAAGAAGCUUUGAGAACUCCUUUGACAACAAUCACCAGAAAAUAGGUCUUGUGCUUUACGGUGCCAUUUGGGUUCAAACAGCAGUUGGGUUUUUCAGGCCUCGAAGAGGAAAUGGCAGAAGGAGUAGUUGGUACUUUCUUCAUUGGAUUCUUGGCACAAUGAUCUCUCUGGUGGGGAUCAUCAACAUCUACACAGGCUUAAAAGCAUACACAAGAAGAACAUUGACGAGCACCAGUCUUUACACCAUACUUUUUACAGUCCAAGUCUGUUUCAUGGCUUUCUUUUACCUCUUCCAAGACAAGUGGGAUUUCAUACAAAAGCAAGGAGUACUGAUUUCAGGAAGUGCUGAUGACGUGGAGGCUGUCACACCGUCUGAUCCAGUAAUUCUUCAAACUGACAGUAAUAAUCAGAAGGUGUUAAUCUUGCCUGCAGAAUCCUGUGCCAAGCGAAACGCUCUUAAGAAUUUGUUUGACUAAUUUUAUUUUUCUUUCUUUAUUCUUUAUUUAUAUAUAUAUAUAUAUGUAUGUAUGUAUGUAUGUAUGUAUGUAUAUAUAGGGAUUGAUUAUCAUUAAUUUGUGAUAAUUAUUACUUUUCUUUUCAUGCAUAAAUUAAAACUCCACGACCAUGCAGUGAAUAGUAGGUUUGUAUACACUGAUGUAGUGAUGUGGAGUGGAUAUGCAUCAGAAAGAGUUGAUGAGCGUGAAGUCCAUGUUUGGUAUUCAUAUACGUUGAAAAUUUGGUUAGUUAUUAGGCAAAUAAUUAUAAAGUACUGUGUAUUGUAUCAGAAUAUAUAUUAUCAUUCAAGUUAUAUACUCUUAUUUGUGGCCGU